AAUAAUUUUUGCAUUUCCGAGGAAAUAAAUUCAGAAAAUAUGAGGUAAAUAAAUUCACGAGGUGCGAAGUAAAAGUAUCUCAGUGAUUAUAUUUUGUAACUGUGUCGUUACAGGAAAUUUUCAACAGGGAACAUGAUAGAGAAUUGUACGUUUGUAGCUCACUUUUUUUCUUUCUUUCUUUAAGGCUGAUAGGAAAAUUGUGAUUGUUUUAGACUAUUCAUCAACAUCGUGCACGUGUUCGGACUGCGAUUGUAGCGAGGAGGAUUCGUACAACAGCAGUGGAGAAUACUGCAGUUGUGCGUCGGACAAACUAUCGAACAAACGUUCGGAGAAAUCGCGAAAGCAUAAAACGAGAGCGUAAUUCGAACGUCAUUUCAUUCGCCCGUUUCGCCAUUUCGUUCACUCGUAAAUCCCCUCAUUAUUUCUUAUUUUACCCUUUCCUGAUAAUAAAUCUAUAAAGUAAUUUAUUUAUUAACCUAAUUGCUUCUCCAUUUUACACGAGAUUUUAUAUGCGUAUUAUUGAACAUGAGAUUUGUUGUGUUUUAUUGUUUUAUGAAUGUAACAGACUAUGGAUGGUAAGAUGAAAGUGUAAAGGUAUAUAUUUUUUUCAAAGAAAGAAUUAUAGAAUAUUGAAAAUCGUGAGAACAAUAAAGAAUACUGUUUCUUCAUGAAAUGAAGUUAUUUUCAUAUAUAUUAAUUUUAGCAAUACUGUUGGUUUUUCUAAAGAUCCAUCUGCACAGGUUUCAAUUUACCUCCACAUUACUGAUUCUUCUCAGUUUGUUGCGUGA